GGCAGAAGCAGCUCCCUCAGACCAAGCAGAGACGAUCCCCGCGAAAGAGAGGCGCUCUUUAUUUUCUACAUCUUGUCGCUAUCAUUUUGUUUGAUGGGUUAAUAUAACAGAAAAUCUGACUAAAUCCAACCAAAACAUUCAUAAACAACGAAACUUGACAUGGAAUGACACAUUUUCCUCGGAGUGGACUUUCAACACCGUCCUGUGGUGUCCCUUCUGAUGUCCACCUGUUACGGCCGGUUUCUGACCCGCAAACAGCCGCACAACGGAGCAGACACCCCGGUCUACUACUGAGAUGGCCCGCGCAGAGACAAUCGAGAGCGUUGGGGAAACCGGAGGAAGAGGAGGAAACAACCCUCUUCCUCGCCACCACACCUGCAGCAUGGAGCUGCCCCGCCCCUUCUAUAACUGUCCCGGCCUGCUCACCACCGCCAGCACCUUCAGCUCUGGGACUGGUGCGGGCGGUGUAUUGCAACAACACCCGCAACCUCUGCCGGCUUUCUACAUGUUGCGCCCGUUGCCUUUCCCCCGCCCAGAUGACCAGGACGAGACCCGGACUCCUCAGCGGUCACCUGCGUCAUCAUCAUCGGCCACGCCGCCACAUUCGCCAUUCUGCAGUCAGAGGGAAGGGAGUGCCGGCGGCGGGGCAGGAGCACCCAGUGCCUUCACGGGAGAGCGGUCAGCAUCGCACAGAGACGGGUGCCAGGACACCUCCAGCCGGCAGGCGCCUCUGCCGGACCUGCUGCCCCAGAACGAGCUCCCCUCCGGGGCUUUCCCGCGCCGCACUGCCCCCGGAGGAGAGGCAGCGCAGGAGGGGGAAGUCAGGAGAGUAGCCGACCAGCUGAGGUCCAUUGGAGAUGAGUUCAACACCACAGUCCUCCACAGAGCGCACGCCGCCCCCCACUGGCAAGACUGGAGGGACGCCUGCCGAGGACUCCUCACCUUCAUCACCCAGACCCUGGGCACUCUCUACAGGCUCACGUAGAGACAACCGCCUCGCCCGCCAUAUCCCCCGAGAGGACUAGCGCGGCCUGGAAUGAAAAGGCGCCUUUGCAGAGUCGGCUGGUACGGACUGCAGACAGACGGUCACUUCCCGGCGUGUACAUUUUGUAAAAUCGUGCUGUGUCAGAGCGCGCGCGCGCGCGUGUGUGUGUGUGAGCACGGGAGACACGGGUCAAACAAACAAGUCGUGUUUAUCGCGAUUCAGCGCAAAAUGUGAAAACAGAACGAUUUGAAAUUGUCUUUAUCAGAGAGGAGGCGGUUCAAAAGAGACCUCUUCGUUAUUUUGUGGAGCAUUUUCAUUUAGCUGUAAUAUUAAACACCAUUUUUCUGUCUGGAGGAUGCAUGAUUUUAAAUAAAGCUGUUUCUCCAAUUCCUCUUUUUAAUUAUGUAAAAAUUAAAUUCAAAAAAUCAUUUGAUCCCUGUCUGCCCCGUCAAACUGGAGGCUGUUUUUGCAUGGUAGGGGAUUUAAAGGGUGUCCUCUCCCACAGGGUGACCCUUUCUCCCAUCGCGAGACCGAUCGGCUCCAUCGCACCUCGUGCCUUUCCUCUCAGCGCUCCACUGAGGAGCUUAUCUGGGACAGUAACACACGUUUAAAGAAACGCACACAAGCACUGCAAAUGCUUUUGUUUGCAGCUACCAUUUGCAUUAAAAUUGUAAAUGCUCUGGCCUGAGGUCAUCUGAGCACACAUUUGGCCACUGUACAUUCCUCCAUUCACCACUGCCAGUGUUGGGAGGUGGCAGAGCCCCCCCCCCUUCACCUCUUGCCCAUGUCAACAGUGUUUUAGGGUUACUCGAUCGUUUCAAAUUCUCUUUGGGAAGAUCUUAACGAACGCAGAAAAAAUCAAAAGUACUUAUGAAGGCGAGCCUGGUUCAUCGUGUUCAGGUGAUCUUUUUUUCUGAGUGGCCUUCGGCAAAAGUUUGAAUUUGAAUCCAGUGGAUUUGAGAUGUUGUUAUUCCAUAAGUUAAGUGAAAAAAUAUAUGAUCUGGAUCUUUUGAUUGUUAAAAAAGUAUUUGAUGAUGUUUUUGUGAAAUAACACCCCCCCUACCUUUUACUGUAGUUUUGGGAGAAGAUGUUGCUCUAUUAAGAGCAUAAUUUAUUUAGGACUGGAGCCUGUAUCUAGCUCUUUUCUUUUAAUGUAUUUUCUUUUUUUCUUACAUUCCCGAUCAAAUGAAUAAAGGUGUACCUAAGUUGUAACUUCAAACAGAGAUGGAAUAAUAUGUGCGUUAAACUGUUGCACUAUGUACUAAAAGUAGAAUCGUUUUUUAUUUAAAUGAAACCAGCUUUUGAAUUUGGAACCUUUGUUGUCCUCUGCUAUCAAUGGAAAAAAAUGGCUCAUUUGUUUUAUUCGUGACUUUGUUGUAGAGUAACAGAUUGGAUGCAUUGUGUGUCAGAUGGGAUAAGAGGAGAAAAGUACAGAAAUAUUGUUUUUUUUUAUUUUUCUCUUGAAACCAUAAAACUAAAAGCCCCUGUAAUUGAAAAUGUAAUUAUAUCUGAUUCCAAACUAUGUGCUACACCUGCUGAAACAAUACGUUUGUGUACUGUCCCGUGGUCCACUUGUUCAUUUUUAACAUCCGCAAACCUUUUGACUGAAACGUGGACCUUUUCCUUUACUAACCAAGAGAAAAGUGAUUGGCUGUGGCCGUUUGAGAGACCACUCCCACUUGUCCUUAACCACACUGUUCCGUACGUUUAAGGUGCAUUCCUGAAAGCAUUGAUGUGCAUUGAAGCAGAUGUUUGUUUACUGCUGGUGUCCUCGGCUUCUUUAGAUCUGUUCACCAGCGGUGCUUUCGGCCAUGUUCGCUGUCAUCACAUGGUGAGGUUCGGUGGUCCCGGUUCAGCCCCCCCGAGCCCACUGUUCGUCACAUGCAUUGUGUUUUUGCUGUUUUUCAACUUUUUCUAUUGUAAACUUUCUACUUGAAUUUUGUACUUUUUUUUCUUUUUUAUACAAUAAAGAUAAGGAAACUAUA